AUGGAGAAGAUCCAGCAGAGCAGCGAGGCCUGUCUGCGUGGGGACUUCCAGACGGCUGUGGAUUUGUACAGUGAAGCGCUUAGAGUCGACCCCCAGAACUGCAUCCUGUACAGUAACCGUUCGGCUGCACGUCUCAAACUGGGACAGCACCAGGCAGCGCUGGAGGACGCUCUAAAGGCAGGAGACAUCAACCCUAAAUGGCCAAAGUUGCCACUAGGGGGGAGUCUUGUCAAAGAGGAUGACCAGCAAAUGUCCUCUGAAGUGUUUUAG